AUGACGGAGCUGGCAAGAAAGGACCGGAGAGCCACGAACUCGCCUCCGUUAUCCGAGUAUAAGGUGCCAAUGCGUGUGUUGAGCCGAUUCUCCACCAAUGCUUUGAAAGUUGUGAACGUCUCUUUAACCUGCGACUUCAAUUUCAGAGGGUUGCCAGGGACGAGAUGGUGUUGGAAGGAAACUGUUUGCUGGAGCGUAGCGAGGUUGCGGGAGUUGGGUACAUCUUUUGGCAUUGUGACCAAAUACUCCACAGAGCUGACACUUGCCUUGAUAGCCCCUGCCAUUGUGAUUGUCUGGUCGAGGCUGCUGGUUGUGGUAAUGGUUGUUAGGUUGCCAGUGUUGUUGUUGAUGAGAUUGAUUCCGGUUGCCACCUGGACGAGAGGAUGUAGCAGCGAUAUUGGCUGUGACAGGUGUAACAGCAGACACAACAGGAACAUGUGA